CCAAAAUUAAAGGUUGACACAUAUGUGUUGUCACCCUCGUAUUUAGAAGCUAAAGAAGAAAAAAAAAAACGAUUUCUUUUAUCAAUUCCGUUUUAAAAAUAAUGAAAUAAAAUUUAAUAUAAAUUAAAUGUGCAACAGUCAAAAUGCCUUCUAAAAUAAACGAAUUAGAACCUCUUCUGCCGAUUACAGAUGCCACAAAGUUAUCUUUCGAAAAUGACCCAGAAAACAAUGCAGAAAGCAGAAAACGAUCACAUAUAACAAAUUUAAUUGAAACCAACCAAAUCACUCUUGAAGAGUGCCGUGCGAUCGCCCGAUCGGAAUAUGGGCUCGUUAGUGAUGAAUUAAGAAAAAUUCUAUGGCCAAUUUUAGUUGAAGUAGAUGCUUCAAACACUGAAUUGCCACAACAAAUCGAUGAUUUAAAGCUGCAUUCAGAAUACAAUCAAGUUGUUUUGGAUGUAAACAGAUCUCUCAAACGCUUUCCACCCGGAAUUCCAUAUGAACAAAGAAUUGCUCUGCAGGACCAAUUAACAGUUCUCAUAAUGCGUGUGAUAAAUAAAUAUCCAGAAUUAAGAUACUACCAGGGAUAUCAUGAUGUAGCAAUAACAUUUCUUUUAGUUGUUGGUGAAAAGGUAUCUUUCGCUGUGAUGGAGAAACUCUCAACGAGUCAUUUUAAAGAAUGUAUGCACGAAACAAUGGAUCCCACACAGAGGCGUUUAAUGUUUAUCUAUCCAAUAAUCAAUAAUGAAAAUCCAAUUUUGUAUAAUUUCUUGAAAAAAUCAUCUGUUGGAACUCUAUUUGCUUUGCCAUGGGUUUUGACUUGGUUUGGACAUAGUUUGAAGUCUUAUAAAUGCGUGGUUAGACUUUAUGACUUCUUUCUGGCAUCACCAAUGUAUUUUUCGAUAUAUGUAACAGCAGCAAUAGUUUUACAUCGUGCCCAUGAAAUUUUAAAAGAGGAUUGUGACAUGGCUUCCAUACAUUGUCUUCUUUCUCAGCUACCAGAUGAAACCCCGUUUGAAGAACUUCUUAAAAAUGCGUGUAUUUUGUACGAAAAGUACCCUCUGAGUAAAAUAGAAAAAGACGUUGACAUAAUGAUUCGAAAUGAGUUGGAAGAACGUCAACGAGAUGUUGAAAGAAGUACUGCUGCUCGAAAGAAAUUACUUGAAGAUCGCAGAUACAAGAAAACACUUCCCAAUAAUAUAUUACCAACAUUUUUGCUUAAAAAAUCAUUCAUAGUUACAACAACAUUCUCCAUUCUAUUCGGAAUCUGUGCAUAUUACUACAAAAAUCAGUAUUGGUCUUCUAGUGUUAGUUGAUUAAUAUCGAAUCUGGGUGCAACGUACAUCCCAUUGAAACCUGGAUUUAAAAUUGAUUUCAAUAUUAUAUGUUAAUAUUAUUUAAUAGUUUAAAUGAACAUUAAUUAUUAUUAUUAUUAUUAUUAUAUUAUUAUUACUAUUACUACUGCUUUGUAAAAUAAGUUAAUUUAAGAUAAAAAAGUAAGACUUUUAUUUAAUUUAAAGUAAAUAGAUGCAAUUUGUUGAAAACUAUAAAUAAUGUGCAUGAGCAUGAAUGAAAAAAUAAAAGCUUUGGUUGGACUUGACAUAUUAAAAAAGUGUUU